AUGUAUUCCCAAGGUCACCAAAAUUUUGAGUCCAAGCAACAGAAAAGCAACCAGCCAUCUGAGAACUCCUCGAACCAAGAAAACAAGCGCCACACGCCCCCAUCCAAGGCCAAAACCGUCUCCCAAGCCGAUGCCGAACUUCGCGAGCGGCUCGAACAAAUGUCUGGAGGAGGAGGAGCCUCUGGAAUUGAAUACGAAGACGGCAAACCGAAUGCAAUGAAGCGCGGCGUGCGAAACAACAUGUUCCGAUUAAUUUGA